AUGUCGGGUAGCCCAAAGUGCAGCCCAAAGGCACCAGAGGAGGAGGCCCCACCGGUGAACAACCACCAGGAGGUGCCUUGCCGAAAUUGUGCGUGGCUAUCAGCUUUACAGGGUGCCAGAGUAGCAGCCAUUUACGUGAGUGCAGCUUCUGCAGUUGUUGGGCUGCUGCUUGGCGCGGCAGCCGGCGCUGCCAUUGGCGCAGUUUUUUCGCCGCUGACUUUUGGGAUCUCAGCACCGGUGUGUUGCUUCUUUGGAGCCUGUGGUGGUCUCCUUCUGGGCGGUGCAUUGGGUGCUGGAGGUGGCGCUCUCUUUGGCACCUGCCUGGGUGGCUUUUGCUUUGCUGCAGAGCUGCCCCUAGGCUGGACGAAGCCUCGCUAUUCCCAGCAGGUUCUGGCAGCUUUGCUGCUGACUGGCCUUACAGGCCCAUUAUGUGCUGCUGUUGGUGCCUUCCUUGGGCUUUUAUCUGGAGCAUUCCUGGGGCUUAUUGCAGGCCUUCUCCUGGCUCCAUUUACCUUUGGUUUGUCUGUGCCCAUCUGUGCGGCCUUGGGUGGCAUCUUCGGAGCGGCAGUGGAUGCAGCAACAGGUGCAGGGGUGGGCAUGUCCUUGAGCAUCUUCCUGGUUAGAUACCGAGCCACGUUCAUGGCGGGUGGUUGUCGAUUAUUUGCGCCUGUGAUCUCCCUGCUGAACAGGUGGCGCUUCCGUUUGGCCAUGUUCAUCGCUCCAAACCUUGACGUUGCAGCGAAAAAGAAUGACCCGGAGGUCCAGGAGGAAAACUUCGAGGAUGUGCGGGAGGAGCCUUCUGCUAAGCCCCGCCGACGCAGACGUGCACGCGUGCGCAAGGCCAUCAGCAGCACCAUUAGCUGA